UCUUCAAUCAUUGGAAGCCCAAGCGAUGGUUCUCGUUUAUCCGAAAUACUCAUUGAUUUUGGGAUUGCUGAUGGGACUAGCGAUCGCCGAUAUUUUGACGCUCGAGGGCCAGCGACCCGAGAGUCCGGAAACGCCGCGAUCGAGGAGGAUCUGCAACUUCGACGAGGAUACGAGGACGUACAACAUCGCCGAUCUUUUACUGUGCAUGAACGAUCUGGCGACGAUGAUUAUCGCGCAGCAAAAUGCCAAUUAUAACAAAAUAAUAUGGAGUCGCAUUGACGAGGAGGCAAGGCAAUCGCAUCCCAUUCCACAUUAUCCGAGAGUCUUCGAUGGCGCGUCCUCCUCGAAUCAUUAUAUCACCGAGACGAUAGCGUCGCUGCUUACCGGAGGACUGCCACUCCCCAGCUUACCGAAUUUAUUUGAUUUAGCUAGUUUCACCAGACCGGGCAACAACUUAUUUGGCGCCUUAUCCUCGAUCGCUCGGUACGACGACUUGAAGUGCAUUCCAAGGAUUCUUUGCGAAGUGGCCAGUGGUUCAACGCCCGGGAGUCUUGCUUACAGGCAAACUUCGGCCUCCCCGAGCUUCGGCCCGAGCACACUUUUUUGGUUAUUAACCGCUGUCGAUCUAAGCGGGAGCUCUCCAAUUUUAACAUUUGGUAGAGCAGCUCUAAUUGGAUAUGCAAACAGAGGACGGCCGUACUCGUGUUAUCGAGAGUAUCCUCGAUGUCCUCAAAAUCCUGAGCAACUUAUUUUAUAUUUAAAUAACUAUAACGGCGGCUUUUUUCGCUUCUUUAAUAGUCACAGUGGUAAUUACUACAGGCCUUCGCAAUUUCCAUAUUAUCCAUUUAGCAAAAGUUCAGGUAAUAUUGAAAAUUUUAUGAUUUCAUUCGACGAAACGUCAUCAGAAUUACAAACAAAUACCUCCUUUCAGAUUUACGGAAUAAGGAUGUGCAAUCAAGCGCCGGAUACGUUUCCUCAAGUGUAUUUAGGACCAGAAGCUGAUCGAACUGGAACGGGAAAACUUACGCUCGAUAAUAGCAAUCACUAUGAAGAGAAAAACGAAGAUACGAAUAAUAUUCUUUCAACGAAAAUUAAAAAAAGUGAAUCGAAUAAAAUUGUCUUUCCGACAAAUAAACAAGAGAAUGACUCGCAAUUAUAUCGUAUUGUAAAAUCAUUUAAUACAUUCAAUGAUUUGAGUAUGGAUCAUAAUAGUAAAAUGGAUUCUUCGCAUAGAGAUCAUAAAUUUUCUGACGAGGAAUACAUUAGAGAGAACGAUAAUAUAAAAUAUGUCGAUCGAAUUAAUUACGAUGAGAAGCCGUACUUGGAAAGUCAUGAAUAUGAAAAUAGAAAUCCGUAUUUUACACAGGACAAUUAUUAUGAAGAUACAUCAGUAUUUACAUUUCCAAAUAAUUAAAUGAUUUAUCAACAAUAACUAGUAUUACUGAAUAUUAACUAUUUAUAUAAAAAGCCAUAAUGUCUACAGCCAAUUAUCAGCAUUAUUAGAGUAAUCUAAUGUUAUGCAAAUAUGUAUGCUUAGGCAACAUAUAACUAUUAUUAUU